UUGUUUUGUGAUGAAAUUCGUGCCUAUUACUGUCGACAAGCAAGCUAAAGCUAUUUUAACCAACAGUUUAGUAAAUUCGUCACAAUUUCUUUCAAAAUGCAGAGCAUGAGCGGUCCUCGGGAGGCCGCCCCGCCUCCAGUAAUGAGUACGAGUUCAACUAUACUAAGCAUGCGAGAAAAAGAGAAAUAUAUUGAAGAAUUUGACUUUCCCUUCUGUGAUGAGUCUUCAAAAUAUGAAAAAGUAGCUAAAAUUGGUCAAGGAACUUUUGGAGAAGUGUUUAAAGCGCGCGCAAAGAACAGCAAUAAAAAAUUCGUCGCCAUGAAGAAAGUUCUUAUGGACAACGAAAAGGAAGGCUUUCCUAUCACAGCGUUGCGUGAAAUAAAGAUAUUACAACUCCUCAAACAUGAAAAUGUUGUCAAUUUAAUCGAAAUAUGCCGAACGAAAGCUACGUCUCACAAUAAAUACCGCUCAACAUUUUACUUAGUUUUUGACUUUUGCGAACACGAUCUAGCUGGCCUGCUGUCAAAUGUUAACGUUAAAUUUAGUUUAGGAGAGAUCAAGAAAGUCAUGCAGCAGCUACUGAAUGGUUUAUACUACAUUCAUAGUAAUAAAAUUCUGCAUAGAGAUAUGAAGGCUGCAAAUGUGUUAAUUACAAAGAACGGGAUCUUGAAACUGGCUGAUUUUGGUCUGGCGCGCGCGUUUAGCGUGGCUAAGUCGGGCCAGACAAAUAAAUACACUAAUCGAGUAGUGACACUGUGGUAUAGGCCUCCAGAAUUGCUAUUAGGAGAUCGUAAUUACGGCCCACCAGUGGACAUGUGGGGGGCUGGAUGCAUAAUGGCUGAGAUGUGGACAAGGUCUCCAAUCAUGCAGGGCCCCACAGAACAGCAACAACUGAUUUUAAUUUCCCAACUAUGUGGUUCAUGUACACCAGACGUUUGGCCAGGAGUUGAAAGCCUAGACUUGUAUAAUAAGAUGGAGUUGCCUAAAGGACAAAAGAGAAAGGUUAAG